AUGGCGGCUCUUGCUCUGUCCUGGUGUCUGUCCCUCCUCCUCUUCCUCCUGCCCCUGCCCAUCCCUUGGGCAUCCGCAGCGGUGAAAGACACGUCCAAGCUCACGUGCUUCUAUAACUCAAGAGCCAACAUCUCCUGUAUCUGGAGCCGGGAUGGGGGCCUGCAGGACACUUCCUGUCGCAUCCACGCCCAGCCUGACAAACGUUCCUGGAAACAAUUCUGUGAGCUGUUUCCAGUGAUGCCGCCAUCCUGGGCCUGCAACCUGAUCCUUGACGAAGACCCUGAGGCUCAGCCACUGACCGCAUCAGAUGUUGUCAACAUGAGCGUGAUGUGCCAUGAAGGGGAGAAGUGGCAGGUGGUGAUGACCCAGGAGUUCAAGCCCUUCGAGAACCUUCGCCUGAUGGCGCCCGACUCCCUCCAAGUCACCCACAUAGAGACCCGCAGAUGCAACAUCACCUGGGCCAUCAAACAGUCCUCCCACUACAUUACAAAAUGCCUGGUGUUUGAGGCCCGGACCCGGUCCCCAGGCCACAGCUGGGAGGAAGCGGCUCUGCUGACCAUCGGGCAGAACCAGCAGUGGAUCUUGCUGGAGACCCUUGCCCCGGGCACCCUGUAUGAGUUUCAGGUGCGGGUCAUGGCCCAGCGAGGCAGCAACUCGACUUGGGGCCCCUGGAGCCAGCCCCUGGCCUUCAGAACGAAGCCUGAAGGUAAGGGCGGAGACUCCUCUCCCUGGUUCUCCUUCCACCCAUGGCCAGCCCGUUCGGUGGGCCAUAUCAUCGUGGGCCUCAGCGGUGCCUUUGGCUUCAUCAUCUUGGUCUACCUGCUGGUCAACUGCCGGUACCUCAGGCUGUGGUUGAAGAAGGUUCUGAAGUGUCACAUCCCAGACCCCUCGGAGUUCUUCCCACAGCUGAGCUCGGAGCAUGGAGGAGAUUUUCAGAAGUGGCUGUCUUCGCCCUUCCCCUCGUCCUCCUUCAGCCCCAGCGGUCCAGCCCCCGAGAUCUCUCCACUGGAGGUGCUGGACAAGGAUGCCAAGGCCACACAACUGCUCCUGCUGCAGCAUGACAAGACGCCCCCACCUCCCCUGGAGACCAGCGGCCACUCACUGACCAGCUGCUUCACCAACCAAGGCUACUUCUUCUUCCACCUCCCGGACGCGCUGGAGAUUGAAGCCUGCCAGGUGUACUUCACCUAUGACCCCUGUGCCGAGGAGCCUGAUGAGGGUGGGCCUGGAGCGCCUGAGGUGUCUCUCCUGCCGCCUCUGCCAUCUCUGCCAGGGGAGGAGGAUGCCUACUGCACCUUCCCCCCCAGGGAUGACCUGCUGCUCUUCUCCCCGACUCUCCUCAACGGCCCAAGCCCCCCACACAUUGCCCUGGGGGGCACCGGGGCUGGUGAAGAGAGGCUGCCCCUCUCUCUGCAGGAAGGAACCCUGAAAGACUGGGUCGCCCAGCCCCUGGAGCCGCCAACCCCAGGCGCCCCUGACCUGGUGGAUUUUCAGUCACCCCUGGAGAAUGCACUGGGAGAAGCUGGGGAGGAGGGCCCUGGCCCUGGCCCUGCCCCUGGCCUUGGCGCGGGGGCCGGCUUCCCCUGGGCCAGCCCUCCUGGACAGUGCCAGGUCCGGGCCCCCACCUUCUGCCUGCCCCUGAACACUGACGCCUACCUGUCCCUCCAAGAGCUCCAGGAUCAGGACCCAGCUCACUUGGUGUAG